CUUUUCACCACAUACCGCAGAGAGCAGAUACACCAAUGGCUUCAUCCCCAGCAGAACUCAAGGGCGAUAUCGUGAUCACCGCCUCGUUUUCAUCCAAGCCGGGCGCGGGCGACGAGAUGGAGGCGCUCAUCGGGAAGCUCCUCGCGCAUGUGAAGCAGAACGAGCCCGGGACGCUCGAGUACUCGAUUGCGCGCAACGGGAGCUCGGAGAGUUUCGUCACGUGGGAGCGAUUCAAGGACGCCGGUGCGUUGGAGGCGCACUCUAAGAACCCGUUCUUGGCCGAGCUUCUGGCUGGCGGGUUGCUGGAGAAGCCGCCGGCGGUCUUGUUCUAUAAACCCAUUCAGCCAACGUUGUAA